CCUUGUUUGCUCAUACUCCUGCUUAUUGCACUUUGACUUUGUCCUAUCUUAUUCUUGGUAACUGUGCAGCCAUGCCUUAGUGUUGGCAAUUCUGAUAACGUUAUAUAAUUUCUUUACAGAGAAGAAGAGGACUGGAAAGUUUCAACCUCUAAAGAAGCUCUUUGGAAAGAAGAAAAAGAAGACCUCUUUGCUUCAUUUUCAAGAAGGCAAACUUAAGCCAAGUCAGUCUAUUGGCAGUGUGUGCAGUAACCCAGUCUCGGCGCUGUCCUCGGAUGAAGAAGCAUGUGAUAAUCUGAGGUUCCUCACCAAUAGCAUGGGAACAAGAGCCUUUUCUCAUGACAGUAUAUUCAUACCGGAUGGGCAGGUUGAAGAUGAACAAGAAACUCAGGCUACACCACAAGACCACAGUGUGGGGAAAGUGAAGUCUCUCCAGCAACAAUUGGGAAAGAAUAUUCGGUUUGGACAACCACCGCCAGCCAAUGUUCCGCUGAAGAGGAUGCAAGAUUUGGGGGCUACACUGGAGGAAACACAGAACAGUAGCAUGGAUAGCCUAGGGGAACAUGAUGUGGGAUGUCUCAGUAGUGGCAGUAAGAUUCUAGGGUCACCGAGUUCUCAUGGCACCAGGAAUGCUCCUCAGCCAGAACACAAGACAGAGGAGAAGGUCACUCCUGUGAAAUCGUCUCGAACAAAAAGACCAUCUGGCACAAUCGACUCUAUAAACUUGGAUGUCGUUCCACGAUCUGCCGCUUGUUUAGAUAAUACUGCCGCUAAACACAAACUUUCUGUCAAGCCAAAAAAUCAGAGAGUGUCAAAGAAACACAGAGGGAUGUCCCAGGAUUGUUACAGCAUAGAAGACAACGAACAUGAAACUGGACUGAAUGUGCAUCGAUCUCUCAAUAAAGCCAUGUACCACUCAAUGGAUAUUUCCAAUCAGGAUAUAAUUGUGUCUAAUUAUUUUGAACGAAAAGCCCGUGGAUUACAAAUUCCUGAGCAUACUCAAGUGACCAAUAGACAAUAUGAAGGGGAAAAACAUGAGGAGCCAAUAACUUUUAAAUCUGAAGAAAGUAGACAAAUGGAUAAAGAAAAUAAGUCAGUAGCAGAUAAACGUACCACAGAAGAGGAACAAAGAAGACAGAAAAUCAUUAGGAACAUUGAGUUAGAUAGGCUCCAGCAUAAGUUAAAAGAACAGAAAGAAAAUGAAAUGAAGGAACAGCGUAGACGCGAAGAAGAGAAAAAACUGCGGGCUGAACAAAUUCUGAAAGAAUUAGAAGAACACAGAAAACAAGAUGAGCAAAGACAACGUGAGGAGGAGAGAUGUCUCAAAUUAGCAGAAGAACAAAAGACUCGUGAGCAGGAGCAACAGAGAACAUUGCAGCAAGCUGAGGAGCAGAAGAAGAUUGAGAUAGAGCAGCAAAUGGAGCAACAGAAAGCUUUUCAGGAAGCUGAGGAACAAAAAAGACGUGAAGUAGAGAAGCAAAACGCCCUUCAGUUAGCAGAGGAACGGAAAAUGCGUGAAAAGGAGGAACAUAGAGCUCUGCAGGAAGUUGAAGAGCUGAACAUACGCAAACUUGAGGAGCAAAGAAUGCUUAAGAUGGCAGAAGAGCAGAGAAAUUGUGAACUGGAGCAACAAAAAGCACUCGAAAUUGCAGAAGAAGAGAGAAAGUAUGAGAUAGAACAGCAGAAAGCAAUUCAAAUGGCAGAAGAGCAGAGAAUGCAAGAACUGGAGCAGCAGAAAACACUUAAGAUUACAGAGGAGCAGAGAAAGCAUGAACAAGAACACCAGAAAGCACUUCAGAUUGCACUGGAGCAGAGAAAGUAUGAAAUGGAACAAGAAAAUGUACUUCAGAUAGAAGAACAGAAAAGAUCUGAACUGGAGCUGCAGAGGACUUCUCAAAUGGCAGAAGGACUGAAGAAACAUAAACUGGAACUACAGAGAUCUCUUCUUGUUGGAGAGGAGAUAAAACAUGACUUGGAGGAACAUAGGGCAGCUGGGGUGCAGAAAGGGAUUGAAGUGGAAGACCAAAAAGCAGUUCGACUAGUGGAGGACAAAAGAUUGGUACACGAGGAACCUUUAAAGAAUGAAUAUCCAAUUAAUGAGGAUAUUAAGAAGAAUGUAGUUGAGGUAAGGCAUUCCUCUCCAGAUCAUGAAAGCAGUAUUACAGAAAAACAUCUACCUGAAAAGCUGAAAACAGAUGAAAUAAGUAAAGAAAAUGACACAGAUUUAAAACAGAGACAAAGUAAUGAAGAACUCCGAUGGAAUGAGCUUGACCAAAGGCAAAGACCAUUUACAUUUAAGGUCACGUCAGGUGAAAAGCAGAUUAUAUUUGAGAAAGUUAAUUUAUCUCCAGUUACAUUAGUAAAAGAGCAACCAACAUGCCCUAAAACACUGGACCCUAAAGAAACUAAAACGAAUAUUAGUUCACAUGUUCUUCCAUCCUCGCAGUGCAUUCCCCACACUGCAAUUUUGGUUACAGGAGCACAACUGUGUGGUACAGCUGUAAACCUUAACCAGAUUAAGGACACCGCUUGUAAAACAUUGCUUGGACUGACUGAAGAGAGGAAAUUAGAUCUUGCCGAAACCAAAAAUGAAAGAGAUAUGGGCAAUACUAAAAAUAUCAGCAGUAAAACAAAAUAUACAUCAGAGACAUUGGAAAAUCAGUCCUUCAUGGAAGAAUGGGCUUCCAUUAGGUCAAAAAUAUUCAACAAAUCUGAAAAUGUUGCCAUGACCGAAAAUAAUAAAACUGAUCCUUGUGUACCUAGUGAUGACUGGAUAGGAAAGGGUAAAGAUGACUCCCAUAACAUCUUACGAAAGACAAUGUCAGCUAGUGCAAAAUUUUCUAUAACACCAGCAUGGCAGAAAUUUCCAGAAUCUGCGAAAACCGUUGAGUUUAGUAGUGACACCCCAGCAAUGAAAUCAAAUAAGGAACAUAUAGGAACAGUGUUACCUGACAACACAGCUGAGAGAAGGCUCACAGAAAGGGCACUGAGUGUCCAAGAAGUGGUGGCAAAUAAAAUGAAAAGGCAAGCUACGAUUGAAGGUGGUGCAGAAGGUUGUAUAUUUUCUAAAGAUCUUCCAUCCUUCUUGGUUCCUAACCCACCUCAGUCUCCUCGUCGUAAUCAUUUAGAAGAACAAACUUCCCUCAAUGCACAAAUGGCCAACAGUAUGAGAAAACCAGAUAAAUUAUUACAAAAUUCAGAAGAGAAAAUGGCUCCAUUUGGAGUCAAACUAAGAAGGACACAUUAUUCCUUGAGAUUUCAUUCAGAUCCUCAGAAUGAACAGAAACGGAAGAAACGAUAUAGUGCAGGUGACAGCUUUGAAGGUGUUCCUACUCCAUUAACUGCAGGAGAUGAAACAGAAAUAAGGACUUUACCCAACAAAGAAUUGUCAGCAUCCCCUACUAAAUUAAAGAAAGAUAGCACGGUUAAAUUAUUGCUAGAUACCUCAAACUAUCUAUCUGAAAACAUUUAUAGUACUUUCAUUUCUCCACUGACCCCAGGUACAAGUCCUCAUUUGUCAUCACCUAACAAAGAUAGAAUAGCUCCUAAGUCGCCCAUCAUCCAGAAGCCGUCACUUGCUCCUAAACCAUCCAGCCCAACUCCACCAUCCUCGCCUCUUUCAAAACUGAAUAAAACAGAUAUGAAAGACCCUUAUGGGGAAAGUCUGGACAAAACAGAGCAAAGAAGUGUAACAGAGGAAGUUAAAGUAAGCGCAGCUUUUCCAUCUUCAAAACAUAGUGAAAGUCUUGAGUAUGAUAGAACAGAUAAAGCAAAUUUGCCAUCAAUCCCAUGGAGAGAGAAACCAGAAAAAAGACCAGAGAAAACAGGAAGAGAGAGACCUGUGCUUCAGAGUCGACAUUCAUUAGAUGGCACCAGACUGAUGGAGCAAGUUGAAUCAGCUCAACCACUCUGGAUCACACUUGCUCUGCAGAAACAAAAAGGAUUCCGUGAACAGCAAGCAUCCAGGGAGGAGAGGAGACAAGCCAGAGAGGCCAAGCAAGCUGACAAGCUAGCGAAAGAAACUUCAUCUGGUGUCCUAGUAGGCGAAUACAGAAGCAGAUCUGGGUCACUGCAAAAGCCACUACCCCACGAAGAGAAGAAAUGUGAGACAGUGGUGACUAGACUCCAGCGCAGGGAACAGCUACAGAAAUCCAACACUCUUCCAACAUCAGUCACAGUGGAAAUUACAGAGACUGUUCCCGUAACACAUGCAAAGGAUCUUCCAAAGAGGUUCUCCACUCCAGAUGCCACUCCUGUCUCAUCAGAACCAGCCUGGUUGGCAUUAGCCAAGAGGAAAUCAAAAGCUUGGAGCGACUGUCCACAAAUUAUUAAGUAGAUCCCUUGUCGUAGGUAGUUAGAUCCUCAUUAGAUGUCCUUAACUCCUCUCUGUUUACCACUAUAUGGUUGUUACGAUAGAUUUCCACCGUGAUAACAUUUACUUGUCCGGGUGCUUUCUCCAGAAACAUUUAUAUAAUGCUAUUGUUAUUUUGGUCAAAUGUGAAUCCAUAAAUGACCUUUAUUGCUACAUUUUAAGAGACUGAAGUAAUGAAAGUCAUGUGGCAAGUCAUAGGGAAUGGUGACAGGGCUUGGAGUUUAGCAACCAACUAGAGAUCUUCACCAUGCCUAUGGCAUCACAGAUAUAAGUACUGUAUUCAGGUAGUCGAUUGGCUUGUGUAUAUGGCUGUAUUGAUAUUCCUUAAAAAUAAUAAUAUGAGCAUACAUUUUUAGCUUAGCUGAAAGAUAGCUGUCACAACCUGCACAAAACGAUGUCUUCUCUGGACCAAUAUGGCCAAUACAGAUUUGCACUUUUUCUUUAUGAUGCAUUCAUAUUUUGCACACUAUGGUAUUAUGUGCCUCUACUACAGCACUAUUAACUUGGAUUUAACAUAUGGAUUGUAGUAAUGUUGGAGCCUACCAGGAUGUUGUGAAAUUGGUAGGGGGCUAUUGCAAGCCGUUAGGUUUGUCACUUUGCCUCUGUGGAGUACAUAUGUUCACUUUCUAGUUAAAUACAUAUAGCGUAAGGGAAAAGUCUGAGGACUAGGAUUACUGUUACCAUCCUCUAAUCUGCAAGCUGACUAGUGAAUACAAAGGACGCUCUGUAUAUAAUAGCUGUGGCUAAUUAAGGAGGUAAGAUAUAAGGCACUAUAGGGUCUAACGGUAACUCCAAAAUGUAGUGGGUUCGUCCCGGAUAUAUUAUUGGAGCUGAUCUUAUUUUCCUAUGCACAUAGUAGUGGGUUUAAAUGUGGUAUUUUUGGAUUUAGUGCAUGUUAUGCGUGACUACCAUUAUAGAAAGAACAAAGAGUUGUCAUUCUCCAUAAUAAAAUAACUAUUUUGUAAUAUAGCAAAUGUAAUAGUUGUGCCUUUAGUGUGAAAAAAAUACUGUUUUGACAGUCAGAAAGCAGGGCUAUAAUUGAACUCUCAGGAUCUGGCCCUUUAAGGAGUGGCUGGACACAGUUCCAGUGAAAACCAUAAGCAAGCCCUACUCCUUUUUGUGUUAGUAUUUCUUAGUGGGAAAAGUUAUUUAUUUUUUGUAGAGUGAACAUUAAUGAAGAAAACAUGUCACACGAUAUUGUAAGAUUUCUAUGAGGAACACUCUGGGCUACAGUGCUAUACCUGGUAUAGGGCUUAAGGGGGUGAUUCACGGCACAGGGGUUUAAAGUACUUCAUAGUAAGAACCUCUGUGUCAUGCACCUACGUUGGUUUUGCCUUGAGUGUUCCUUUAAUAGCCUUUUCAACAAAGAAUAAGCAUAGCCGUUAACCUAUUAACAUCAUUAAAGCAAAUUUCUAAUUCUAAUGAAUAUCUCAAUGCUCAAAUGUAUCAGAGAUUGGAGGUUUCUCCAUGAUUAUUAAUAUACCUUAAAUAGGUAUUCCCGUCUGGGACAUUAUUAGCAUAUCACUAGGAUAUGCCGUCUAUCUUAGAUGGGUGCGGGUCCCACGUCUGGGACAAGGAGCAGCCACUAAUCCACAGCCACCCUCCAUUCAUCACAACUAUUGGAGUUCCGAAAAUAGCCAAGUGCUGGCUCAGCUAUUUCCCGCAGUUCCAUAGCUGUGAAUGAAGAGGUGGUCUUGCUUGCACAGUGCACUUUUCAUUCACCGCUAUGGGACUUUAAAAAUAAACAAGCAGGUUCACUUUUGGAACUUUUAUAGUGCUAAAUAGAGAACAUGCCACACAUGCUUGGCGUGUUGUCCUUCAUUUUUGGGGCCCCAUUCUCUAGAUAGGAGCUGGUCCCAGAGAUGGGACCCACAAUUUUCUGACAUUGGUGGCCUAUCCUAGUGAUAUGCCAUUAAUAUCCCAACCCCCUGAAGGCCUGGUAACACACAGACAGUUUUUAAUAUGCAGUGAGGUCCGUAUAGGACACCCACCUGACACCACCAGAGACAAUUGUCUCAAAUAGUAUCCAGGCCUGUGUUCUGAGACACGGAGCAGAACAUUGAUUGCCCUUGGUUAAUUUGAAAAAAAGGAGGUGUGAAUUGCACUAUUGGCUUGUAUAGCUUCAUUUACAGUCCAUUGCGCACAUGGACAGAAAACAUGCCUGUCUGAAUCAGGACUAAGUUUUGUUUUAAAUCCUUGUCACAUACUAUUGUCAUAAGCCUCUAGUAAUAUUCUCUACCUGAUCACAUACCAAAGAAUUCAAAGGUUACCCCACUUGAGAGAUAAGGCGCUCUCUCCCCAAGGAGAGAUAGUAUCCCCCCCCCAAACAGUGUCCCUUAGUUUAUGGAGCUUACACACCACUUAUAGGUACUUUACCACAAUUCAUUCAAUGGCAGCUUUACUUCAGAACAGCUUGUUUUCUGGAUGACAAGGCGCUGAAAAGAUACCUGUUGGGUAGAUGUGCUGCAAAUUUACCACAUUCUAAACAAGCUUUGUUGGGUAGAGGUAUCAUUACUGUACAGGUCACUGGAGUGGCCAAAAUCAAGUUAUCAUACUGGAAGCAUCCAUUCAGAUAGUCAUAAAGGGGUACACUUGCUUGACAACAAUAGGUAGUUUGUGGCAUUCAAACCAUGCUAAAUUGGUAUUAAGAGGCUUAAUGUGUGCCAAGAAGAGCUCCCUCUUACCAUUACCAUACCACCAGCCUGAACUGUGGACACAAACUGGGAUGGAUCUAUUCCAAAUUCUGACCCUACCAUCUAUACAGUAUAGAUCUUUUUCCUCAUGCACAGUGCCCCUUCGUAUAGACAGCUUAUAUCACCACCUGUAGGUACAUAACCAUCCCUGAGCAGGAGAUUACUUGCUUUAAUCAGUUUUGUGAUAUGUCUACUAUUGCCUUAGUUUCCUAUAGACAGAAGUAGAACUUGUUUUGGUCUUUUGGUAUUAAAACCUGUCCAAAAGGUUUAAUGUGUUACGUCAGGGUUCCUCAACUCCAGUCCUCAGUGCCCACCUGCCGGCCAUGUUUUCAGGAUUUCCUUAGUAUUGAGCAGGUGAUAUAAUUAGUGUCCAUGCAUCAGGACUUACCACAGGUAUUCAUUCUGUGGGAUAUUCUCAAAUCAUGACCAGUCGGUGGGUCCUGAGGACUGGAGUUGAGGAACACUGUGUUAGGUGUUCGGUGAUGCUUCUCUGCACAUCUGCUAUUGUGAUGCAUGGAUAUCGCAGAUACUGUCUGGCUGAAUACGUUUGAUUAUUCUCCAUCAUUAAAGAGGCUGUGCCAAGUUAUUAACUUAUCCUCUAUCUACAAGAGCCUCUGAUCAGUGGGGGUCCAACUGCUGGGAUCCAUAUCAAUUAAAAGAAAGGGUGCCAUUCCCCUGAAUAAAUGCAGCAGCAGGUGGUUAAUGACCACUGCCGCUCAAUGGGACUGCUGGAGAUAGUCAAGUAUAGUGAUGUACUCAACGGUCUCAGGUGGUUACACAGAGAAUGAAUGGAUCAGCAGUGGUCCUGCCUCUUUCUUAAUUCAAGGGACCCUUGAUUUUGUGAUUGGUGACCUUCACUGAUAAGCCGCUUAUCCACAACAGUGUGGAUAGAGGGUAAGUUAAUGACUUUGCACAACCCCUUUAACAAGGCAUCUAGAUGUCUAUUUUGCACUGCAUACUCUCUACAUGAAAACCACAGAUUAGGGAAGACACUGAAAGCUCAUCUGACAUGUUUCUUUUAGUAAAUGCUCGUAUUUCCAUGAAAUAACAAUUUUGAUGCAUCUUUUCUCAUAAUGCCUCAUUCACAAGACCAUAUUUUUGGUCCGCGCCUUAUCUGCAUUAUUUGCCAAUCGCACACAGACCCAUUCAUUUCUAUGGGACCGCAAAAAAAAGAAAAAGAACAUGUCCUAUUCGUGCCCUAUAUGCGGACUGCAAAACGGAUAUGGCAGUGUGCUGUUCCUGGCCUUAGAAAUUUAUGAAUGAAUUGACAACUGGGGAUUAACAGUCACCUUGUCUAGCACUGUCGGCACUGACUGGACAAUGUCAUACUGUGUAGAGACCCCCACAACUGGCAACACUCUGCCGUCAAAGCAUUCAGAAAUUUCUACUAGGAAUGAUAGGAAAAACAGCACAAUACAUUGGGUUAAACCUCCAGAAUUGUUGGGAAAGACUAUGAUUCAUUAAAACAGACAAGGAGCUGACAGGUCCUCUUUAAACCCCACUGUCCAGCACCAGCAGGCAUCAAAAUCAAUCACAUUUCAUCCCCAACGGAAGAGGUCACUGGACACAUAUUACACACA